AUGGCCGGGGCGGGUGCAACGGGCCGGUCGGAGUCCGCGCCCACAGCCCUCACCGCCGUCUCAUUCGCGUGCCUCUGCUAUGCGGCCUCCAGGCUCCUCGACUACCUUGGCUUGCAUGCCCCGACACCCCUGGAGUCGUAUCCGGUGGUCAGCGGAUGCUGCCAGGUGGCCGUCACCGGCGUGGCCAUAGCAGGCGUGGCAUCAGCCCUGGGCCGCGACCUGGCCAAGCCACUGGCCGCCGGCCCUACGGCGCUGCACCAGAUGCUUGCGGCUGCGCUGUCUGGAUCCCUGGGCCCUGUAGUAGCUGCGGCCGAGCCCUCCCACGCGUGCCCGACCCUCGACAGCGCGCUGCCUCGCGUCGCCGCGCCACGCCGUGUGCAUGCGCUCCCACCGGCAGCGCACGCGACAGGGCCCCCCCGCGCCUGCCAGCCACGUGGUGAGGUGGCAAGUUCCGCUCCCGCCGCGGCUGCAGAGUCAGCAGCGCCCGCUGACCAGCGGUCGGCACUCACCCUGCCCCCGCUGGCCAGCCUGAGCCUGGGCGAGGCGGCGGGGAGCUGGACCUCCGGCGCACUGUCGGCCCUGCUCAACCCGUUGCUGGCGGUGUGCGACAGCCCCCCCAUCGAGGCCAUGCGCCGCGCCAUGUCCUCUCCUGGUGCGCCGCGCGCGACGCAAGGCGCCGCGCCCCGGCGCCGGCGCGCGGAGGGGGACGCUGCGCGGGACAGCAGCGCUGCCGCCGCCACCCCACAGGCGGGCGUUGGUGCGCGAUUCGUCACCGCGCCGCCGGAGCGGCUGGCCGCGCUGCGCGUGCUGGCGGCCCGUUCCGCCGCGCUGGACCCCGCUCGCGCCGCCUCCGCCCUGGGUUCGCUGGGCCUGGACGACGGCGCGGCGCGCGCCGUUCGCGCUGCGGUGACGGACGAGCACCUGCUCCAGUUUGGCGCCCUGCUCGGCGAGGGCGGGUGCGAGGAUGCGCUGCGCGCGCUGGGCGCACGCGAGGCGUGGGGCGGCGGCGACGCGCUGCUGGGUGCCGCCGACGCCGGGGCGGCAACCGGUGACUGGGAGCGCAUUGUGGCCGAGAGGCGCGACGGCAUCGCCUACGAGGCCUGGCGCCGGCCGCUGCGCCGCGGCCUUUACCUCUACCGCACGCGCGCGGUGCUGGAGGGCGUGCGCCCCGCCGACGUCCGCGCCUUCCACCUGGACGAUGCCGCGCGCGCGCGUUGGGACGAAGCUGCCACCCUCGUGGCGCGCGUCGCGCCGGAGGAGGCGGCGCCCGAGGCCCCGGAGUCCUGCCUGCAGAAGUAUCGCUCGCGCUUCCCCCGGCCCAUGGCCUCCCGCGAGUACCACUACGCGCGCCGCGUCUGGGACAGGCCGGCCGACGGCGGCUGCUAUGCGCUGUGCCGCGACGUGGAGUUGCCAGGAGCCGAGGGUGCGGUCAAGGGUGCGGUGCGCGUGCGGGAAUACGUCUCAUGCAUCGCCAUCAAGGCGCAUGAGGUCGGCACCGAGCUCCUCACCUGCUACUUUGAGGACUCCCAGGUCCGGCCCUCCAUCGUGAAGAUGGUGGUGCCCAAGAGCCUGUGGUCGCUGGUCCAGAAGUACGAAAGCGCCCUGAGGGACCAUGCUCGCCCAAAGCAGGCGGCGAGCUCGCCUGCGUCAGGCCUCGAGGCCGGCGGCCCCGUCCUGCUGAUCAGUUCCGCACGCGGCAGCGCCCGCGAUGGCGCCGCUGCCAGUACCACCCCCCCACCGUCUGACCGGUCACGCUCCCUCCCGUGCGCCGGUUCCAGCGUCGCCUCCCGCCCGCUCGAGUGCUUUGAGCUGGACGCGCACCUGCCGCGCUUCCCACCCGGCGCCCUGCUCGACGCGCGGCGGCCGGCGCUGCGCCGCCCGGCGUGCGACCCGGCGGGGACCCUGCCCGGGUUCGGGCGCACAGGUCCCGCGGGCGCUCGCGCUGGGAUGGGGCGGGAUGGCCUGCCACGCGGUCGGCGGCCGCACGCCCGGCAGACGACCUGGGUCAAGCGCAUCGUCAUCGCGGCGGGGAUCAGCGUCCUGCACGCCGCGCUGCCUGGGCGGGGACUCUGA